UCUCUCUCUCUCCUCACAAAUCUCUUCGCCUGAGACUCACCCUCUCCUCCCGGCAUGCACCGCGACGCCGCUUAGGUUCCUUUCUCCUCCUCGUUCCCCCCACAAUUCCUUGCGCGCGUAUCCCCUCCUCCUCCUCCCUCCCUCCCUUCCUUCCCCGGAGCCGCAAAAUGGCGGACACAAUGAACGGGAACCUCCGCCUCUUGUCUUUCUCCUUCGCCGCCGCCUCGGCUUGAGCGGAGGGCGCGGUGGGUGCGGCUUCCCGGGCUUCCGUCGCGGCCUCUUUGUGUCCCCCCGCGGGGCCAGGCUGGGCCCAGGCGCGCCGCUUCCAGGUUUUUCCCGGCCGGCCGCGCAGGCCCCGCCCUCCCCCUUUCCCUCCACCAUGAAACUGGCGGACAACGCGCUGCGGAGCUUCCGCGUGGCCAAGGUGUUCCGCGAGAACUCGGACAAGAUCAACUGCUUCGACUUCAGCCCCAACGGAGAGACGCUCAUCUCCAGCAGCGACGACGACUCCAUCGUGCUCUACGACUGCCACGAGGGCAAACCAAAGAGAACAUUAUACAGUAAAAAGUAUGGAGUGGAUCUCAUCAGAUACACACAUGCUGCCAAUACUGUGGUGUACAGUUCCAAUAAAAUUGAUGAUACAAUCAGAUACCUUUCUCUGCAUGACAAUAAGUACAUCAGAUACUUCCCAGGACACAACAAGAGAGUUGUUGCUCUGUCUAUGUCUCCUGUGGAUGAUACCUUUAUUUCUGGGUCACUUGAUAAGACCAUCCGACUUUGGGAUCUCCGGUCUCCAAACUGCCAGGGUUUGAUGCAUCCUCAAGGGAAGCCUGUGUGCUCGUUUGAUCCAGAAGGGCUUAUUUUUGCAGCUGGAGUGAAUUCUGAAAUGGUGAAACUUUAUGAUCUUCGCUCUUUUGAUAAGGGUCCAUUUACUACUUUCAAAAUGCAAUAUGACCGAACCUGCGAGUGGACUGGAUUGAAGUUCAGCAAUGAUGGUAAACUUAUUCUUAUAGCGACCAAUGGAGGGUUCAUCCGGCUCGUUGAUGCCUUUAAAGGAGCUGUUCUUCAUACAUUUACAGGAUACAACAAUAGUAAAGCCGUUACACUGGAGGCAUCCUUCACACCCGAUUCACAAUUUAUAAUGAUUGGAUCAGAGGAUGGGAAAAUCCAUGUCUGGAACGGAGAGACCGGAAUGAAGGUAGCUGUGUUAGAUGGGAAACACACAGGCCCCAUAACCUGUUUGCAGUUCAACCCCAAAUUUAUGACUUUCGCCAGUGCAUGCUCUAAUAUGGCCUUUUGGUUACCAACAAUCGAUGACUAGUUCCAUUCAUCGUUUUCAUUGAACAAUUCUUGACUGUACUGACAGAAAUAUAUUUAUGAAGACGGCAAUGAAAGUAUUGUGGGUGCAUCAGUGAGGCAGAAUGUUCCAGUCCAGCACUUGUGUGAUUUUUGUGCUGCAUUUUCAUUCCGAAGGAUUUUUUUAAAAAUAAUUUGGUUAUGCAGAACUUUGCCUGGAAAAUGUAAGAGUGUAAUUCUGGCAGCAUUUCUAUUAUAGCAGAACACAUUUCAUAUGAGCUCAAGUUGGCAGCUUUCCUUUGCAAUGCAUUUUGUGCCACAGUUUGUGCAUAUUGACACUUUAGUCCUUUUUAUAUUCAAUAGAAGGCUAUCACUUGUUUAAAAGUGACUUUCCAGUUUUACAUUUUCAACUAACAUAUUCUGAGUUCUUUAUUUUUCUUAGACAAAUGCUUGUUAUAUAAAACUUCUUUGCCAUAUAUAUACGUAACCAGUUAUUGAAGGGCAUUUCAGAUGCUGUCGAGUUUUCUACUUGAGAAAGGAUCUCAUGCUAUUAUCAGGUUUAUAAAAAAAUCUUCCAGCAAACCAUACAGAAUUUGAGAUAUUUUCCACGGACAGCAUCGUGGACACAAUGUCACUUAGUAGCAAUACCAGAACUUUGCUGUUAGAAAAUGCUGUGGAGCAGGCUGGAUCAGAACACACCCCUUCUCCUUCAGUGUAAUCUUAGCAAGCUAUGUAAAUAUGAGGACCGGGAGGGUGGAGGUUGCAUUCUUCUUUCUUACUAUUUGAUAUUAAAAAGUAAUACAUGGACCCAUGCAGUAUCAA